AUGAAAGCGGGCUCCGCCAGCAGUCGCGGGGCGGGGCGAUUAUGGACGGCAGCAGGGUCGUCGCCGCAAGGGUCCAUGCGAGGGAUCGGCGACUCGUCGCUCACGUCGCGUUCGCGAAAGAGCAAGAAGAGUCGCUCGCUCGUGAGGCGGCUGCUGAAAUGCCGCUUCCAGACCUUCAUCCUCUGCGUCGUUCUGGUGGUGCUGUGCAGUGCGCUCGUCUUUCUCUUCGUGGUCGACAAGUUCCCAUUCUCAAUGGGGGCGAAAGAGGCCGCGGCCGCUGCUGCAGACGACCUUUCCACGUCAGCAGCGGAGACAAAGCCAUCCCACGUGGCAAUGGAUCUGAGCGCGCACGGCAAGCAGCAAGAGACGGUCAGGAUGAUCACUGGGGAAGGGGACGGCAUAGCGGCGGACGGCAAGGGCUCCAAGGGCGGCAAGAGUGGCAAGGGCGGUGGCAAAGGUGGUGGCAAGGAUAGUAAAGGCGGCAAGGGGAAAGUAGAUCCCAAGCAGGCAGCUCAGGGGAAAGACGCUACAGAUGGAAAAAAUGCUAAAGGGGGCAAGGGUGGGAAAGAGGGGAAGGAGACAGGGAAGCCUGGUCCUGGCAGUGGCAAGACGAGUCACCCUACCACAGGUGCUAAGACAGCGACCCCGAAGCAGCAGCAGAAGGCGGGGGAUGCUGCCAAGGGAAAGGGCCAUCCUGCAGGGAAGCAGCAGGGGAAGGGCCCGGGAGGGAAGGCACCUCAUGGGAAAUCGCCUGGAGGGAAGGCGCCAGGAGGAAAGGGUGCUGGUGGGAAGGCUGGGGGGGUGGCAUCUGGGAAGCAAGCAGGGAAGGCGCAUGCAGGUGCAGGUGCAGGGAAGAAUGUUGCGGCACAUGCAGGGGGGAAGGGAGCAGCAGUGGUGCCAAAGGGAAAGGUGCAUCCAGCACCCAGGCAAGAGAAGGCGGGAGGAGCAAAGGGUAAAGGUGGGGUUGCUGCAGGGAAGCAGGGUGGGAAGGGGAAAGGAGCAGUGCCGGCUGGUGGGAAAUUAAGAGGGCCGGGAAUUCCUGCUUUUCGAGAGCUCGUCACCAUGGCCAAGGGCAAGGGAGGGGCGAUCCUGGUGAAGCUGCUGUCGGCGGCGGGGACGGGCUUUUUCUACGUCACCAAGAAGAACCCGCGCAACCUGCCGCACAAGCUCGAGUUCCGAAAUGCUGCUGUGUGCCUCUCUUCUUCUCCUGACUUCCUUCCUCCCGUCCCACCCCUCGUCAUCCCCCCUCACUCCAUUCCCUCCUCCCAUUCUCUCUUUCCUGCGCUCUCGCCUCCUCUCCCCUCUGCGUCCCUCGCCUCUCCCCGCUGCACAGAGGAACGUGUUCCUCAUCCGCCCAACUACAGGGAUGUGGACGUCAGCGAGGCCAACCUGCCCAUGGAGCUCUCAUUGAUCCCCCCUCCUCCCCGCCCCUCCCCCUUAAACCGCACAGAGGAACCUCUUUCCGCCCAACUACAGGGAUGUGAGCGAGACCAACCUGCCCAUGGAGCUCUCACUUCCCUUCCCGUCCCUUUCCCUCCCUCCCCCCUCUUCUCCCCACUGCUCUCCUCCUUUUCCUUGCACAUCGCACAGAGGAACCUCUUUCCGCCCAACUACAGGGACGUGAGUGAGACCAAUCUGCCCAUGGAGCUAUCCCCCAGCCUCAGCACCAUCGAGUUCCUCCUGCCGCACGCCGCCACACCGUGCCCCGUGUUUCUCUUUGUGCUGGACACGUGUGUACCGCCUGACGAGCUGCACCACGCCAAGGCCGCCUGCUGCAAGCUGCUCUUUUGUCACCUCAUACGCCAUGCCAUCUCUCUACUCCCCCUCCUUUCAACAGGCAACCCGCGUUCCUCUUUGUGGUGGACACGUGUGUACCCCCUGAUGAGCUACACCACGCCAAAGCCGCCCUGCUGCAGCUGCUGCGACUGCUACCAGUCACCAGAAAGGUCGUUUAAGUUCCCACUACCCAUCCUCCCUCUCCUUCCAAACAGGCAGCCUGCGUUCCUGUUUGUGCUGGACACGUGUGUGCCGCCUGACGAGCUACACCACGCCAAGGCAGCCCUGCUGCAGCUGCUGCCACUGCUACCAGUCACCUGCCCCGUGGGGCUCAUCACCGUGGGCGCACAGGUCGCCAUGCACGAACUCUCCCACUCCCUCCCUCACUCACUCCCUCACUCACUCCCUCACUCAUUCCCUCGCUCUCAAGCCGGCCCGCUGUCGUCGCGUGUGGUGCUGCUACCGGGGGACAAGGACCUCCCUCCCAGCAAGAUAAAGCAGCUCCUGGGGCUGGGGCUGGGGCUGCCUCAGCCUCACACGCCGUCUGCACCACCCAAGACCACACAGAGCAGCGGCCAUGCCCCUGCAAUGCACACGACCACCCCUGCCAAGGGGGCCUUCACUGGCAAGCCGGCCUCUCCCAAGGGCCCCCUCUCGCCUAGAACCUCUUCCUCCUCUCAUUCUUCAUCUGCCCGCGUGUCAGCAUCACCACCACCAUCGCUGUCCACGUCAGCAGAGUCAGUGUCGUCUUCGCCGCCCCCACCGUCGCUGGUGCUGGGCGGCAGAGGGGCGGCGGAUGGGCGGUAUCUGGUGCCUCUGGUGGAGGGAGAGGGCGUACUGAGGGGUGUGAUAGCGGCACUACAGCCGGACUCACAGCCAGUGGUGCCAGGGGUCAGGCCGUGCCGAGCCAUUGGUGCAGCUUUGGCAGCCGCCGUGGCUGUGAUGGAGGCUCGGGGCGAGCAGGGGGCAGCGGAUGAGGGAGGGAGAGCGGAGGAUGGAACAGGGCGGGCAGCAUGGGAGAAGAGGGGAGCAGCAGAGGAGUGGGGAGGGGGGGCAGCGGAGUCAGGAGGGCGGGCGAGGAGGGAAGGCGAGGGGACAGGGAGGGCAGGGGAGGGAGCGAGGAAGGGAGGGGAGAGGGCGGGAGGGGGAGGGGAGAGGGCGUUGCGAUCCGGAGGGCGAGUGGUGGUGCUGCUGGGAGGGCCAGGCACAGUGGGGCCAGGCAUGGUGGUGGGUACAGACAUGGCUGACUGCCUCCGCACACACUCGGAUAUUCUCCUCGACAACACCGCUUACUAUCAGUCAGUUCCACUCUGCUCUGGGGCCGACGCAUUGGGGCUGGGCACGGUGGGUUUGGGCUCGGAGUAUGGUGGGGCCGGCCGUGCCACACGCUUCUUCUCUCAAUUCGUCGAGCGAUCAGCAGAGGUAUCAGCAGCCAUAGACGUCCGCGCAACGCGGUUCUACACCCAGUUGGGUGAGCGAGCAGCAGAGGUAUCAGCGGCCAUAGACGUGUUUGCAUGUGCGGCGGACCAAGUGGGGGUGGCGGAGAUGAGGGGCGCCAUCGAGGCGACAAGUGGCACGCUCGUAUUGGCCGACUCGUUUGAGUCAGACAUCUUUGCCAAGUCCCUGUGCAAGCUGUUUCAACGGUCGCAUGAGGGCCCUCUGCUAGCCGCGACAGACGGGGUAGUGGAGGUGAAGCUGCCCAAGGAGAUCAAGGUGAUGGGGGCGGUGGGGGCGUGUGGCAACCUGUGGAGCAAGGCGGAGAGCGUGAGCGAGCACGAGGUGGGGCAGGGCGGCACGGCUGCCUGGCGCCUCUGUUCCCUCUCCCCCCGCUCCUCCUCCCUCGCCCUCUUCUUUGAGAUUGCACCGCCGCACAGAGCGCACCAGAUCCCGCCGGGCUCCUUUGCACUGUUCCAGUUCCUCACCACGUACCGCCACGGGGAUGGCAGCAGGAGGGUGCGCGUGGCCACAGCAGCCAGGCGCUGGGUGCACAUGGGGGGCGAAGGGGGGGCUGCUGGCGCGGAUUCGCAGGCUGUUGGGGUGGGGGUGGCGGAAGGGGAUGGGGAGUUGGUGGUGGGGGGAGUGCCGGGGGGAAGGGCAGCUGCAGCACUGGCGGAAGUGGUGAUGGGGUUUGAUCAGGAGGCUGCUGCUGCUCUCGUGGCCAAGCUAGCUGCUUUCAAGGCAGAGUCAGAGGACAUGAGUGAUGUGCUACGAUGGCUGGACCGCAUGCUCAUCCGCUUUGAAUCUCUCUGGAGUCAUGAUGCAUCCCUGUGCUGCACAUCCCAUGCCAUGCUGCUGUGCUCCGGUCCCCCCACCACCCUCCACCUCCCACCAGGCGGAGCAGAGUCAGAGGACAUGAGUGAUGUGCUGCGCUGGUUGGACCGCAUGCUCAUCCGCUUUGGAGCCAAGUUCGGGCAGUACAGCCGGGGCGACCCCUCCUCCUUCCACCUCGCCUCCGCCUUCUCCCUCUUCCCCCAGUGUGCCUUCCUCCAGGUGUGCCUUCCUCCAGGUGUGCCUUCCUCCAGGUGUGCCUUCCUCCAGGUGUGCCUUCCUCCAGGUGUGCCUUCCCCUAGGUGUGCCUUUCUCCAGCAGGUGUUCAACCACAGCCCCGAUGAGACGGCAUUCUUCCGCCUCAUGCUCACCAGAGAAGCCGUUGCCAACUCCCUCCUCAUGGUUCAGCCCGCUCUGAUCGCCUACACCUUUGAGUCACCACCACAUGCUGUGCUGCUGGACGUGUCAUCACUGCAGCCCGACUGUGUGCUGCUGUACGACGGCUUCUUCCACAUUGUCGUGCUCCACGGCUCCACCAUCGUGCACUGGAAGCACCAGGGUUUCCACCUCGACCCUGCACACGCAGCCUUCAGGUAUUCUUCCACCUCUUGA